UCCCUCUCCCAUUUUACAGCUAGGUGCAGCUGUGAUUGCAAAGUUUGGCUUGUUGGCCUGCCCCAGCUGUCUCUGUCUUUCCAUGUACUGACACAUCUUGAAGUCAACAAGUUAGAGAUCACUGAGUAUAUCACCUUUUUAGUGCCUUAUAGGAUGUUUUACGACAGGAACAGAAAACCUGAAUUUGUUGAGGAAACACAGAGUGAGAAAAAGAUUUAAAGCAUAAUUCUGGAGAAAUCCAUCAGACUAAAGCCCAAUUCUGGCUCUGAUAAUUUCUAACCAGGGGAAUUAAACAACUCCCAUAACCAGUCUGAGGCUCAGCUUCCCCACUUGUGCAACAGUAGGUACAGGCAACAUGGAAGUCAACACCGUAAUUCCUCCACAUAAAUCUGAAGGGAUGAACAGGUCUGUUGUAUACAUCGUGGUGUGUAUACUCCCAGUAGUGAUACUUUCAGUCACCUUUGUCCUUGGUGUACUGGGCAAUGGGCUGGUGAUCUGGGUGGCUGGAUUUCGGAUGGCACGCACAGUCACCACCCUCUGUUACCUGAACCUGGCCUUUGCCGACUUCUUCUUCUGUGUCACCCUACCUUUCUUCAUUGUCUCCGGGGCCAUGGGAGGACUUUGGCCUUUUGGCAGCUUCCUGUGCAAGUUGACUAACAUCAUAAUGGACAUAAACCAGCAUGGAAGCAUCUUCCUGAUUGCUCUCAUUGCUCUGGACCGCUGUAUUUGUGCGCUGAAUCCAGUGUGGGUCCAGAACCACCGCACUGUGAGUCUGGCCAAAAAGCUAAUCAUCGGACCCUGGUUUCUUGCUGUAGUCUUCACUUUGCCAACUGCUGUCUUCUCAAAUACAACGAAUGGUCCACAAGGGAAUGUAAUCUGUUUGGCCACCUUUGAAUCUUUGGGGUCCACAGAGGAAGAACAGAUGAAGGUACUCUUAGCAAUAGUGCUACCUCUUGGGAUUGCCCGGUUCAUUAUUGGCUUCUGCAUGCCCUUGUCCAUCAUCUUUGUCUGUAAUGGGCUAAUUGCUGUCAAGAUUCAUGGACUAGGCAUGAUGAAGUCCAGCCGUCCCUUUUGGGUCCUCAUUGCUGUUGUGGCUUCCUUCUCCAUCUGCUGGUUCCCCUUUCGUCUGAUUAUGCUUCUACUCCAAGUCUGGAUCCAAGAGGAUGAAACGUCUAAGUUUACUGUAUGCCUGUUACUGCUCCCUCUAACUGCGUCCCUGGCCUGCUUCAACAGCUGCAUUAACCCUGUAGUCUAUGUCUUUGUGGGUCAGAACUUCAGAGAAAGACUGAUCCACUCCCUGCCCAUCAGACUGGAGAGGGCCCUGAGUGAGGACUUUGUCCAGACUACUGACACAGCCCCUGGUUCUGGGGUGCUUACUGCAGGCAAGGAGUUAACAACAAUGUGAGAAGUGACUCAGGCUUGUCCGUAGUAUUGUAAUCCUAUCUCCAGCUUUAUUUCAUCUUGAGCUAUGCCCUUGAAUAUUUGCUUUGGAAAACUACCUGAUUUGGGGGGGAAAGAAAUAGAUAAUCGGCUCUCUCGGAGGGGUUUGUGUUUUGUUUUGACCUAAGUGUGUAUCCUGACCUAAGUGAAGGUGGGGAAGAAUACAAGAGGAGAACGAAUACUGUGGACUCCUAGGAUUUAGAAAAAUCAUGUAGAUUAAAAAUAAAACUUAAUUUCAUCAUUAGAUAAAAUGGUUGUGACAGAGUUUUUGUAGUUUGGUAAAGGACCCCCAAUGAUUGAACUCAGGGAGCACUGGGCUAUAACUCUAGAUCCUUUUAUUUAAUUGUGAUACAAAGUCUGACUUAAUUUUGUAGGCUGGCCUUGAAUUUAUAAUCCUCAUGCCUCGACUUCUGGAGUACCAGGGAUUACUAGCAUGCACCACUAUUUCCUAAACUUUUUUUUUUCAAGUAUAAGACUAAGGAAGUUUAUUGGUACCUCCAAGUUUGCUAAGAAUUUUCCUCUCUUGCCAGACAUGGUGGUGCAUUCCUGUAAUUUCAGCACUUGGGAGGCUGAGGCUGGAGGACUGUUGCAAGUUUGAGACCAGCCUGAGCUACAGGGUGAGCUCAAGGCCAGCCUGAACUGCAUAGCCAGACCAUGUGUCAAAAAGACAAAAUUUUUUUUCUCUCUUUUUAAAAUUUACAAGUGAUUACUGGAUUUUAUCAAAUGUAUUUUCUACACAAUAUUAAGAUGAUUAUGUCUUUUUACCAUUUUAUUUAGGGGGUCCUAUAUUGUAUCCAUCAAUUUUUAAAUGUUAAGCCACUCCUUCAUCUUGGGUUAAAGCACUCAUUUCAGGUGUACGUUCUCAUUGUGUAUUUUAUAACUUUGCAAUCUAUGUCCUUCAAUUUGCUUGUAGUAUGUCAGUGUUUAUACAAAGGUGACUGUUGUUACGAUUUCCCUAUGCUCUGCUGCUGUAUCUUUCCUUAGUGUUUACACUUUCAUUAUUGAGGUCCACGGGGUCCAGUGUUUUCUUUUAGAGAAGUCUUUUAAUAAGAGGUUCAAUUUUUAAAUAGUUACUGUUUUAUUUAGUUAUCCUUUCUUCUUUUAGCUUUGGAAACUGUGCUUUGAAAAAUUCUCUUUAAAAUUAAAAAAAGUUAGAAACAAAACUGUCCUCUGUAGUGGCAUGAAAACUCAUAAUUAUGCAUAUAGUUUGAUAGAGUUUCUUUGAAAUCAUGAGAAUGUAAGCUUUUUGAAAGCAGAGCUUUUUUGGUCUAUGUCAUUGAUGGAACAUCAUCUUCAUGUGUAAAUUAGUGACUGUUGUUUCAUUGAAUUAAUGAAUAAUAAUUUCUGUUGAAUUACUGAAUCAAUAAAUAUUUACUAAUGAAUUAAUAAAAAUUGUAUCUCUUA